AUGCAUGAGUUGAAGACUUGGAUCCUUAAGCAAGAAGUUGAAGAUAUUCAAGCAACAAUGGUUGAACAUAAAAACGCUUGGAAUGAAUAUGGGUGCACCAUCAUGUUAGAUGGUUGGACAGAUGGAAAAAAUCGGGUUCUUCUUAACUUUCUAGUGAAUAGUCCUCGCGGGACUUGGUUCUUGAAAUCAGUUGAUGGCUCUGAUACAAUAAAAUAUGAAGACUUGAUGUUCAAUUACUUGGAUGAUGUAGUAGAAGAAAUAGGAGAAAAGAAUGUGGUUCAAGUGAUUACAAUUAAUGCAUCAAAUUACAAGAAUGUGGGGAAAAAGCUUAUGGAGAAGAGGAAGAAAUUGUGGUGGACUCCAUGUGCCGCCCAUUGCAUUGAUUUAAUGCUGGAAGAUAUUAGCAAGUUGACAGUUUUUGAAAAUAUUAUUCAAAAGGGUAAGCAAUUAGUGAAGUUCAUUUAUGGACAUUCAUGGGUCCUUUCUUUGAUGAGGCAUUACACUGACAAUAAAGAGAUCAUCUGUCCAGCGGUGACACGCUUUGCCACUGUUUAUCUCACACUUCAGAGCAUUUAUAAGGCUAAGAGAGGUAUUAUGUCUAUGUUCACCUCCCAAGAAUGGCAUGCUGGUCCAUUCGCUAAAAACAAGGAUGGAGUUGUGGCUCGUAAAAUUGUACUACAUGAUGCUAAUUUUUGGUCUCACGUUGCCUUUUGCAUCAAGGUGGUUAUUCCACUUGUCUCUGUUUUAAGGGAGGUUGAUUCAAAAGAGAGACCUGCAAUGGGCUAUAUUUAUGAGUUGAUGGAUGCAGUAAAGGAGAAGAUUGCCUUCAAUUGUGGAAAUGUGGAGAGAAAGUACAAACCAAUUUGGAAUAAAAUUGAUAAAAUAUGGGGUCCACAACGUCAUCACCCUUUGCAUGCUGCUGGUUAUUAUUUGAACCCGCAAUUGCAUUAUGAAGAAACUUUCACAAACUCUAAAGAAGUGAGGGAAGGUUUGUAUGCAUGCAUGGAUAUGAUGUUGAGUGGAGAUGAACGUGUUCAAGCGGAUUGCCAAUUGGACAAUUAUAUUUAUGCAGAAGGAGAUUUUGGAAGUGAAGUAGCAGUGAAAUGCCGGAAAUUGCGAUCACCAAUCAAUUGGUGGUUGCGUUUUGGGAGGGAGACACCGGAGUUGACUAAGUUUGCUGUUCGAGUCCUUAGCCUUACUUGUAGUGCAUCUGGGUGUGAGAGGAAUUGGAGCACCUUUGAAUUGAUUCAUACAAAGAAAAGAAAUAGACUUGAACAGAAAAGGCUAAAUGCUCUAGUCUAUGUGAAAUAUAAUUCGGCUCUAAAGCAGCGAAGUAUUCAAAGGAAGAGAAAGGUUGAUCCAAUAUUCGUGGAUGAUAUUCCCUCCGAUAAUGAAUGGAUAACGGAGGUUGAGGAACCAUCUCUUCCAUUUGAUCCUUCUUGGAUAGAAGAGGAAGACAUAUUUGAUGUUGAUGCCAUUAGGAAUGUGCCAAUUCCUACCUAUGAAAGUGGUCUACAACCUCGAGAGUCAAUUAUUCGUAAGUCUGUUCUCGAUGAUCCUCCUACUGCUCCUAGUGAGCCUACUUUUAAUGAGCGUAUCCCUUCUCCACCUAUCAUUCGAUACAAACGAGGUCGUGUUGAAAGAUCAAGUAAUGAUAUGCCAAAAAGCAAGGCUCCAAAAAAGGGAUGCUUGUUGAUGAGGGAUCAAGAUGAUAUGAGUUGGUUGGAGCAUCCCUUGGAUGAAGAUGCUAAUAAUAAUGAUAUUGGUUCAAAUCAUGGUAGUUUGGUUUUGGAUGAUGACCUUCUUAAUGAUGACGAGGAUGAUAUGAAUGAGUGA